AUCCAAGUGAAAUAGCUAGACAAGAAAUUACAUGAAGAUGUUAUCUAAACGCUCUCAGUCGUCAGAGUUGGCUGGAAUGGUGACAAGCGCUGURCAAAACCUCCAGAUUAUGGAUCAGCACAUGAAAAACAGCAAUCUUGAAGACARUCAACCACAUCUACAGUCACAUGUUAAAGAUAUUAUUGAAGUCUUGAAAGAGAUGGAAUCAGAGCGUUUAUCUCUUUAUGAGAUGUUUGAGACUGAAACCAUCAAAGCAAGUGUAUUGAGAUAUAAACUACAGUAUUUACCUGGAGAUAUUCAAGCAGAAAUGCAAGCUGCUGUCACCUCUGCAAGACAGUCUAAUGAAGCAGAAAUAAAAAGAUUAAAGAACCAACUGAAUACAAUCAACCAAAAUAUAAAAUCACUUGAAAAAAGACAGCAAGACUUGGAUWCUGAAAAUACACGCCUUCAGCCAGUAAGAGAUGACAUGCAGACUGGACAUGAUGAGAUCAUUGCUUUGCUUAACCAAAAGAUGGCUGAUAAAGCCAGUAAACAAAUAACACUGAAUGAAACCAGAGAUCGAUUGAGAGAGACAUACAAAAGGAUCAUAGAUCUUGAAGAUUCAAUUGUUCAGCUGAAGGAAGAUCUAGUUCAUGAAAGAGAUGAUGCUGCAGGUGAAAAAGAAAAACUCAAGCAUUCUGUUCACGAUACACAGCUGAGGGUAGAAGAACAAAGAUCUACUAAUGCUACGAUAAGAAAGGAGAUUGAUAAGCUGCAAGAGGAAUUGGUUGAUAGUGAGUCAGCCUUAGACUCACACAGAAAGAUGAUCAGACAACUGGAGACUUCAAGAUCAAGACUAGAAGCACAUGAAGUUCAGCUUAAUAGACAGCUACAAAAAGAGAUUCGUGACAAUUCCCAGUUAACCCAGGAUGGUAUGAAGAUUGUCAAAGAGCAUGCAGAAUUAUCUGAGGGACUGGAGAAACAGAAAGCUAAAAUACAAGCACAAUUAGAGGAGGCUCUAGAGAAACUUAAAACACAACAGAAAGAUGAAGAGGAACUGAAUAAAAACAGAGAAGAAGAAUCAACAGAACUUGAAAGAGCAUCAAAAGAAAGAGAGAAAGAAUCUGAAGGCGUAAGAGAUUAUGAAAGAAAGUUGAUGAGGGCCAAGGAAAACCUGUCUCAGGAAAAUGCGGAAUGUGCAAGAAUGAAAAAGGAAAAUUUGGAACUAGAGUCAGAGAUAGAGCAAAUGAAGGAAAGUCACCAAGCAGCAGUAGAUUCCUAUAACAAACAAAUUGAAGAAUCAAGAUCAUCCUUGAAUGUAGAACGCAAAGACAGGCAAGUCCUUCAAACAAARAGAGACAACCUUACCAAAGAAUCCAAUGAGUUUAAAUCAGACUAUGGCAAAUAUAUGGCAUCCAUGUCCAAGAAAGUCACUGAGGGCAAAGUAGAACAUGCWAGGUUAACUAAUUAUGGAACACAACUGCAAAAAGAUCUCAAACAAGAUGAAGUUGAUAUCAUYAAGAAACAAAAGCAGCUUAAAAAAGCCAAGCAAGACUAUACAAGCCUGCAAAAGAAACUCAAAGCUGAACUUAAAACAUUGCAGGAAGGAAUGGCAAGACUUGAAAAGCAGAAAUCAGAAAAGAAAGAAAUUAUUGCUGAUAAAACACCAGUGUUCAAAGACUUAGAAUUGCAGUUCAAGGAAACUUCAGAGGCCUAUGAAAAAACAAAGAAAAACAUUGUGGAUCUUAAAAACAAAAAGGCAAGUUUAGAAACAUCAGUUCAGCGGGCUGAGAAAGAAGUAGAAAAGAUGGCAGCACCACAGACCCAACUUCGUGAACAGCUAAGAGAAUGUAGAAAGCAGACACUGGACCAGCUGAAGAACCAUUCACAAGAUGUUCAGAGUAUAGAGAAGGAAAUUUUUACCUCAGGACAGAAGCUUGGUGCUGUGCUAAAAGAAAACCACAGAUUAAAAGAGGCAAUCAAGAGCCUCAAGGUGGAUUUGACUACCAUUGAUGGUCAAGUAGAUGCCAACACUUCAACGAAGAAAACUCUUGAUCAAAGGCUUGUUCAAUACAGGGACUUAUUGCAUCAUGGAUGGAAAGAAGACUUCAUGCUUGAUAAGAUGUAUGCUGAAAAAGAUAUUCGUAUUCUUGAUGACAUAUCGCUUCUGCAAAGUGAAGCGCACACUAGGGAAGAGAGAAUUGAUACCAUUCACUCUCAACUGGUAGAGCAGUUAAUAGUUCUGACACAUUUCUUAGAUGGUAUAUCAAGCUUACGGCCAAAAGAUUCAAUGCAGUCAAGGAGAUCACAAAGUAGGCCUGCAGAAAAUGUAAAGCAAGACAAAGAAUCAUAAAAAACUAUAUAUUUUAUAAUUUUAUAAAAGAUGCUUGUAAAAAAUUGUAAAUACCGAAACUGAAAUAUAUUUCAGUGGGUGUGAAACUUUUAUUAAAAGAGAUGCGAGUUGCAA